AUGUACUGCCUCUUCGAGUACGCCAGUGACAACAACUUUUCUCUGCAGAUCAACCCCGCCUCCUCCGUUAAUCCGGAACAUCUGCAGUACUUCCGGUAA